GCCAAUUAUAAUAAUUAUCAGUUAGCUUCAGCACACUAUACUAACUUGUAAUCCAAGAAAACUCAAAAAUGUUCAUCAAAAUUGUAACCAUGAUCGCUGUCGUGGCAGUAGUGUGCCAGGCCGCUGAACACCACCACAAAGUGGCCAUCUCGUCGCAGCACAUCGAGCGCCACGAUGUGCCCGCGCAUCCCCCUAAGGACUUCCACCAAUACGAUGGUCACGCGAAGUACGAGUUCGAGUACAAGGUGCACGACGCCCACACCGGCGACAUCAAGCAGCACCACGAGUCCCGCGACGGGCACAAGGUGGAGGGCGCCUACAGCCUGCACGAGCACGACGGCUCCGUGCGCACCGUCAAGUACCACGCCGACAAGAAGACCGGAUUCCAAGCUGAAGUGAAACACACCACCAAGCACGUCGAGGAACACAAGCACCAUUAAGAAAUUCGUUGUUGAAUCUACUUUUAAGGCGCCACAGUUUGUUGUUAAAUUAUGUUUUAAUUAAUAUCGAUAGAGACAAAUAAAGUUAAAUAGU